CACACACACACACACACACACACACACACACACACACACACACACAGGAGCAUGAUCUAUCUGUCUGUUUGCAUGUCUGUGUGCUGCUAGUGGUGUAGAGAAUGACUAAGGAGGAUCCUUACCAGGACCACCACCACUCACCAGAUCCAUGGAUGUAACCUGACCCUGUAUUCUGGGCCUUUGCCUGGUUGGGAAGAAACAGGACUUUUUUUCCAGGCAGGGUGGGGUGGAUGGCUUUUUGUGGGUUAGUAGUGUUGUGACUGUGUUUGUUGCAGGAUGGAAGGAAGGAAGUAAAGAAGGUUUGGCUAGUGGCUGGAGAGGGACGGAGGCAAGAGGGUGAUCUCCUCAUCAGAACAGGAGCAGGACCAUGGGAGAUAUGAAGACGCCAGACUUCGAUGACCUGCUGGCGGCCUUUGAUAUCCCCGACAUGGUGGAUCCUAAAGCUGCUAUUGAAUCUGGUCACCAUGACGACCACAAUGGACAGCUCAAGCAACCCAGUGCUGGGUUGACUACCAAUGAAGAUGUGGCCCACAACACCUCAACAGGACACGAUGUUGGCGUUAGUGUCAUUGUCAAGAACAUCCGAAACACAGACACAACUGAGCAUGGUGGAACCAUAUCAGACAGGGAUGGACAUUUCCACUCCCAUCCUCAACAUCAUUCUGUAAGCACUUGCAAUGGACUUCAAAAUGGCUUCUUGCCUGGCUUACCACAUGGUUCUUACACCAAGAAUGGAUCGAAGGGUCCCAGGGAGGACGGACAGCCAGUUAACAACCAAUCAUCUACUUUCAAUCAGUUCAGCCCCAUAUCCAGCGCUGAGGAGUUUGAUGAUGAUGAUAAAAUUGAGGUAGAUGACCCCAUGGACAAGCAGGUUGGUCAGGCAUUCUUUAGGUCCACUACUAAGAGAGAGGACCAGAAUCCCAAAUCUCCAGUAUCAGUGGACAAUGCAUCCAAGCUCAGAGUAAACAGAGACCGAAAACACGAUCAAAACAACAACAAUAAUAAUGGCAAACUAGGAGGUUCCAAGUCGAACAAUUCCCCUCCGUCAAGUUUACCCAAGGAGGAACUCAAGGAAAUUCUCUUUAAGUCUCAAGGUCAGGAGCGCAAGGAGGCUGAAGAGUCAUCAGGGCUUGUUAAUGUGUCCAGUAUCCCCCAGGUCAAAGCCAAGUCCUCUGCAAAACUUUCUUCUUGUAUUGCAGCCAUAGCAGCCCUCAGUGCAAAAAAGGCUAAUACUACAGACUUGACUGUUUUGGAUUUUCCAACAACACAGAAAGUAUCCAUCAAAGCCAAUGAAAAUCCCAGAGCUCCAGAGAAGCCACAGGAGCACGAGUCAGCCCUAGAGUUUGCAAAGAGGCUCCUAACGAGACCAGAAGACAGCCCCUCUAGUGUCACCAGUGAGGGCAGUAGCAAAGGUUCCCCUGCCUCAAGUACAGAGACAACCCCAGUCAUCCCAAAGGUCAGGAUCAAAACAAUCAAGACCUCAUCCGGACAGAUCAAGCGUACUGUCACCCGAGUUCUCCCAGAGUUUGAUCCUGAGGGUCUGAAAAGAGGAGAGAAUAGCCCAUCUCUCAUGGCAACCACCAGUACAAUUUUCUCAUCCUCUAAGAGACCCUCUUUGCCAACCACAGUAGUAGCCACCACUGGAGGGCCUUCAAUUGAAAUAACCAAGCAAAUGACUAUUAAACCUUUAGCGACAGCUUUCCUGCCAGUCUCCGCAGUCAAGACAGCUGGGUCGCAAGUCAUCAACCUUAAGCUGGCUAACAACACCACAGUCAAAGCAACAUUAAUCCCUGCUGCGUCAGUGCAAAGUGCCAGCAGUGCCAUCUUGAAAGCUGCUAAUGCCAUCCAGCAACAGACUGUCAUGGUACCUGCCUCCAGUCUGGCCAAUGCCAAACUUGUGCCAAAGACAGUCCAUCUUAGUAACCUCAACCUUCUGCCUCAGACUGUAUCCUCUGCUGCAUGUGAUCUCCAACAGGCCCUAUCAUCCUCCAAACAGAGCCAGCAACAAUCACAAGUCAAACAGCAAACAAUUCUUACUGGCCAGGCUUCAAAAAAAAUCUCUAGGGUUCAAGUGUUCACAAGCUCUCAAAGCUCUGUAGUGGAUGCCUUCAAUAAAGUCCUGAGUAGCAUAAAUCCUGUCCCUGUGUACGUCCCAAACCUCUCUCCGCCAACCUCAGCCUGUAUCUCUCUACCCUCACGCGGCUACAAGUGCCUGGAGUGUGGAGAUUCAUUUGCUCUUGAGAAGAGCCUGACACAGCACUAUGAACGUCGCAGUGUGCGGAUCGAGGUCACCUGCAAUCACUGUGCCAAAAGUCUAGUGUUCUACAACAAAUGCAGCCUCUUGUCUCAUGCCAGGGGCCACAAGGACAAAGGGGUUGUCAUGCAGUGCUCACAUCUAAUCCUAAAACCCAUCCCUGCAGACCAGAUGAUAAACACAUCAUCAUCAGGCCCAGCAAACAUCACCGGUGCCACCUCCAUUUCCCAAUCCCAUGCACCCACAAGUCAAAUCCAAGGGAAAGGUGCUCUCAGUGGGUCCCAUACUGCAGUGAUUUCAGCUCCAUGCAGUGCUCCUCUUGUGGCAGCCAUGCCCUUAGAGGAUGAUGCAUCAAAACUCUGCAGGCACAGCCUAAAAUGCUUGGAAUGUAAUGAAGUGUUCCAGGACGACAACUCGUUAGCCAUGCACUAUCAACAGGCACCAGAGUCCAGUGGGCAGAAAACAUGCGCUAUUUGCCAAAUGCUUCUCCCAAAUCAGUGCAGUUUUCUGUCACAUCAGCGAAUCCACCAGCACAAGUCUCCUUAUAUCUGCCCCGAGUGUGGUGCCAGCUGCCGAUCUGUCCACUUCCAGUCACAUGUCACCAAGAACUGCCUGCAUUACACCCGGAGAGUCGGCUACCGCUGUAUACACUGUAGUGUGAUCUUCGCUGAUGUUGCAACUCUAAAGUCCCACAUCCAGAGUACUCACUGUGAGGUCUUCUAUAAAUGUCCUCUCUGCCCGAUGGCCUUCAAGUCUGCGCCUGGCACACACUCCCAUGCAUAUACACAGCAUCCAGGAAUGAAGGCAGGAGAGCCCAAGGUGAUCUAUAAGUGCUCCAUGUGUGAUACCGUGUUCACUCUGCAGUCCCUGCUCUACACACACUUCGACCAGCAUGUUGUCAAUCAUAAAGUUUCAGUGUUCAAAUGCCCCGACUGCUCCAUGCACUACGCACAGAAACAGCUAAUGUUGGACCAUAUCAAAGCCAUCCAUGGAACCUUAAAGACCAUCGAGGGUCCACCAAACUUGGGCAUCAACCUUCCUCUCAGCACCAAGCCCACUAAUUCUAGCAAUACCAACAGCAACAGCCCCAGUAAUAACAACAAAAAGGAUGGAGGAAAUGUCAAUAGUCAGGACAAGGGAGAAAAGAAGUCUCCACCCUCACCACUGAAGAAAACAAACACUAACUGCUCAGCUGACCUCAAGAACCCUCCCAGCUCAGGAUAUACAUGUGGAGACUGCAAUACCCUCUUCAGUUCAAAAGAGGUCUUUGUGGCUCAUAUGAGGCGCGAACAUGGAAAGAUCUUGAAGAAGCACCCAUGUCGACAGUGCGACAAGUCCUUCAGCUCUUCCCACAGUCUUUGCCGACACAACCGUCUCAAACACAAGGGAUUGAGGAAGGUCUACACCUGCCCGCAUUGUCCAGCUCUCAGUCAGCCAUUCACUAAAAGAGUGCUGCUGGAUCAGCACAUUCAGCUGAUGCAUGGAGUCAAAGACCCAGAGGGGAAGACUGUCAACUCUGAGGCUUUACUUGACAAGGACACGACCCCCAGCCCCAAAAGAAAGCCAGAAGAGGAUGAGGGGUCUCCAGGUUUGAACUCCAGGGGCUCAGACUCACAGCCUUUGAAGAGGCUCAAGGUGAACAUUCCCAAAGUUCAUAAGUGUGCUGUUUGCAGUUUCACCACUGAGGACAUCGCUGCUUUCCACAAACACAUUCCCCAGCACAAGUCAGAUGGCUCGUCCUACCAGUGUCAGGAGUGCGGCCUGUGCUACACCUCCCACCGCUCGCUGGCCCGACACCUCUUUAUCGUCCAUCGGCUGAAGGAGCCACAGGGUCUCGCCCGAUACAACGGACGGGGAAAGGAUGAUGAUGAGAGUCAAAGGGAGAAUCAGCUGGAAGUUACGGAUGAGAACAAUGAUGGGACACCAAAUACCAAAUGCAAAGUGUGUGGGAAGAUGUUUGAAACUGAGGGAAACCUGAAUACUCACAUGAGGACACAUGGAAUGGCAUUCAUAAAGUCAAAGAGACUGAGCGUGGCCGAGAAGUGAGAAGAACUCACUUUUUAACCUUUCCAUCUAAAACAGCACUGUUGUUUUAAACUUACAUAGUUUGUUAAAUUGUUGCAGACAACGUACAGUAUCUCUCUCAGCUGUGGUUAUGCUGUAUAUACAUAAUGUACAUGUAGCGUACUACAACAUGUAUAAAAUAUACACACAAAAAUAUGUAAUAUGUCAAAUUCACUGUCUUAAAGUAAAUGGAACAAGAUACUUUUUUGUACACACAUAGAUGUUUCUAUAGGCCUUGAAUAGACCUUUUUUAUAGAAGAGCUUUUUAUUUUAAACAGUUUCCAUUGUCUUCUCACUAGGAUUAGAUGACGUAUGGAUAUAUUAGUGUAAUGGGAUUAACCCUCAGAUAGUCAGCAGUGUUCUGAAUUCUCAAUGCUGCUAAUGUCCAAUGAAUGUUUGGUAGGAAAAUAUUGAAAACUUUGGGAGAUCCAGGUUUCCCCAGUAUAUGUCACACCUAACUGAGGUCUUCAAUUUCAACUUAAAAGUUGAGUGGAAGUGGCACUGAACGUUCUUCAUGUUUUAUUUUUUAAUUUCAUGGACAUGUAAUAUCUCUCUUAGAGCAUUUUUCUUGGCUUCAACAAUAAAACCCUGGUCUCCUCCUAACCCACCCUGAAACAACUAAUCCUAAAACUAAAUCUCUGCAUUAAUUUUGAGCUACAAUUACAUGGAAUAUCAGAAGGUUUCAGGACAAUCACUCAAAGAUAAAGCCUAUCUUUGUCUAUCUGCAUUUCCCUACCACCUUGUCAAGUCAAUAUAAUUUGAAUAUCAGAUACAUACAUAUAGUUAAUACAACAAAACCUCUGAAAAUGGAUGGAGUUUAAUGCUCAGUUUUGUGGAAGAAUAUGUUGAACAUUAAAUAUCAGAAACAGGUGUCUUUUAAAGACCAAAACAUGGGCCAAAUUUGAAUUUGCUUUUAAUAAUGUAUUUUGUAAAAGGCUGUGAAACUUUGUAUGGUGAUGUUUCAUUCCUGUCUUAAUGUACUGUAAAUGGCAGCUCUUUUAGAUUACAACUUAUUUACCUAAAUAUUUAAAAUAUAAAAUACAAAGCACUUGUCUCUUUUAAGCGCAGUCUUCUUUAUAUCAUAGUUCCUCUGUCAUUAUUGCGCAAUAAAAAUACAAUUCUAACGAUCCUGUAUUUCAACGAAUAUCAACAUUAUCAGUUUCUGUCUUUUUGUUUCCUUCCUACGGUUCUUCAGUUUGUGGUUCUUUGAUUUAUUUUGAAAUCAUAAUGAAUGUUAUUUGACAGUAUCAUGUUGAUAAAAAUAUAAAAACUGAAGAAAAACCUCUUCGAAUGUAAACUUGGCUGUGAGACUAAAUUUUUUAUACAAGACAACCUGUUCAUGUAAAUGAACAUAACUUUGGCAGUUGUGACAAUACAGAGUGCUUUACAUUGCUUUCUUUGUUCCAAGCAUUUCCAAAAAUCAUCAUCAUUCACUUUUGACCAGUAGUUUUUUCUACUCCGACAAUAAGACUAAUUGUCUCGCGCUGUAAAACUGCAUGUGAGAAUCAGUCUGUGAAUUGUUUGUUGAUUAGAAUGUGUCUUGCCGCUGCUGCUGCUGCUGUUUUUAGACAUUUCUGAUGCUUGUGUACAAAGCUGUUCUUUAUGUCAAUAAAUGAUGAAACCUGCCAGGGACGAGAUCUGAUGUCGACUGCACAUAAGACAUCAGCUCUUCUCUAUGGAAAUAUA